GUUUCUGGGCAGAUUAGUGGCAGUGAACCAACUGGAAAAACCUGCACCCUGGCGUCACGAUACAAGUUCUGUGGAGUUGUGGCUGAAAGAAAUCAUCAUGACGGUCUGGGCUGUAUAGAGAAGAAAAAGGAAAGUGAUGAGAGAAGAGGUCACCUGAUGUAACUGUUUCUCCAAUCCAGGAUCCUCUGCUGAUAUCUUCUAUAUAAGAGAAUUCUCCAGGAUGACCCAUCAACCAUGGAGAGAGACAGGAACAAGAUGGCCGACAGGAUCAUAAACCUCACCCUACAGAUACUCUUCCGUCUUACUGGAGAGGAUUACACAGUAGUGAAGAAGUCCUCUAGUGGGCGCUGUCGGGCCCCUGUGUGUGAAGGAUGGGGAAGAACCCUGAGCCCAAUUCCGGGGCCCCCACCUCACUCCCUGAUACAUGAGAAAAUGGAUGAACAGAAGAUCCGAGAACUCAUCAACAAGAUGAUGGAGCUGCUGACUGGAGAGGUUCCUAUAAGGUGUCAGGACGUGGCGGUCUAUUUCUCCAUGGAGGAGUGGGAGUAUGUAGAAGGACACAAGGAUCAGUACAAGGAUCAGGUCAUGAUGGAGGAUCAGCAGCCCCUCACAUCACCAGUCAGAUCCAGUAAGAGAACAGCACCAGAGAGGUGUCCCCGUCCACUUAAUGAGAAGAAUAUGGAGGUCAUUACUACAAGGAAAGAUCUGAUCUAUAUUAAUGCUACAGACAUAAAGGAAGAAGAAGAGACAGAUGUGAGCAGUGAUGAGCAGUAUAAGGAGGACAUUACUACAGGUAACUGCCCAGAGUCUUGUACCAGGAGAUCAGAGGAGAAUCUUAUAUCUUCAGAUUAUAAAGCAGAUGAUGAUAUCACACAAGAUACAUAUGAAGAACAUUCCAUUAUCCCAGAUACACCCUCAGCCCUUCACAGCCAAGAUCUGUCAUCUCAUCCUUAUAUACAGGUCCUGUCUUCUCACUCAUCACAGGAUGUUCAGCAAAAUAAAAGCCACAGAAGGUGUGUUACACAUAAAAGAGCUCAAACAGGAAAGCUAUGUUCAUGCUCAGAAUGUGGGAAAUGUUUUACUUUUAAUUCAGAUCUUGUUGUACAUCAAAGAACUCACAAAGGAGAGAAGCCGUUUUCAUGUUCAGAAUCUGAAAAAUGUUUUACUUCUAAAUCAAAUCUUGUUCAACAUCAAAGAACUCACACAGGGGAGAAACUAUUUUCAUGUUCAGAAUGUGGAAAAUGUUUUCCUUAUAAAACACGGCUUGUUAAACAUCAGAGAAUUCACACAGGGGAGAAACCAUUUUCAUGUUCAGAAUGUAGGAAAUGUUUUACUUCUAAAUCAAAUCUUGUUGAACAUAAAAUAAUUCACACAGGGGAGAAACUAUUUUCAUGUUCAGAAUGUGGGAAAUGUUUUAUUUCUAAAUCACGGCUUGUUGAACAUCAGAGAACUCACACAGGAGAGAAGCCAUUUUCAUGUUCAGAAUGUGGUAAAUGUUUUACUCAGAGAUCACAUCUGUCUGAACAUCAAAAAAUUCAUAUUGGAGAGAAGCCAUUUUCAUGUUCAGAAUGUGGGAAAUGUUUUACUUCUAAAUUAAAUCUUGUUCAACAUCAAAGAACUCACACAGGGGUGAAACCAUUUUCAUGUUCAGAAUGUGGGAAAUGUUUUACUUCUAAAUUAAAUCUUGUUCAACAUCAAAGAACUCACACAGGGGUGAAACCAUUUUCAUGUUCAGAAUGUGGAAAAUGUUUUACUUCUAAAUCAAGUCUUGUUCAACAUCAGAGAACCCAUACAGGAGAGAAGCCAUAUUCAUGUACAGAAUGUGGAAAAUGUUUUACUAAUAAAUCACAUCUUGUUCAACAUCAAAGAACCCACACAGGAGAGAAGCCAUAUUCAUGUGCAGAAUGUGGAAAAUGUUUUACUCGAAAAGCAAUUCUUCUUAUACACCAAAGAAUGCACACAAAGUAGCCUUCUAACUUGUCAAAUUGUACAAAAGCUACAACCAUUGCAGUCAAAGUCAUAGGAGAGAUCAAUGUAGAGCAAUAAAUUUACAUUGAAAAAGUGACUAUUCCAAAAAAUGUCUAAAAUACAAAAUGCGAAUAGAAUCCAAAUAAUACAUCUGUAUAUAUGUCACUAGGUACUAGAAUAUUAUACAUGAUUAUUUAUAUAUAUAAACUGGUCCCAAACCUUGUUACAAAUGUUUAAUAAAAAUUUACUUUUCAAACAUAAAGUUUCUUAUCCAUUUAUCUCUAUAAUUUUGUCUGCUGGGAAAUAAUCCCCCAUAACAAUGUAGAGAUAUGAUGUGUCCGCUGCUCCUCAUGGUGAAGACCCAACAGGUAUAAUCCAUGGGGAGCUGCUGGGACUGGAUAUUCCCCACCGGCCAUGAUUGACAGAUCGCUCUUUGUUCACAUAUGUUACAUAUUAUGGGAUAUUUCUCAAUACAUGUUCUCAUUAUCAAGGUUACAGGUUAUCACUGAGAUACACUGUACAGUGCUGGAUGUAUAUAUAUAGAAUCUAAUGACAUAGUACAAUACUAUUUCAGUACAGUGGGAGGAUAUACCAUAUAUACACAUGAAGUAUCCAAUA